CUAGAAAGGAGUUUUGCUAGAACUGGAGAAGCAGGAAAUACCUGGGCUUUUUCCCUGUGUUUUGAACAUGUAAACAACACAGCUCACUGCAGAGGAACAAGCAGCCUUGUUUUAAUUAGGUACACUCACACCAGACAUUUCCAGAGGUGAAUCUUUAUCUCCCGCAGCUUUAAUUUGUCUUUGAUGGUACAUUAAACCAUUUCAUCACCUUGAAUGCCUGUAGUAUACAAAAUGUAUAUACAAACACAAAAUCCCAGAGGUUAGUUUUUGAUUUUGCACAGAGUGAGGAGCCCAUGCUAUAACGGGGAAGCACACUACCCAAAAAAUAGAGUCUGCUCCUCAAACCACUCUAAAUAGCUACUUCUGCUAUUUAUAUUUAAUUCUAAUGCUCCCUACCUCCAUGUUGACACUGUAUUACAAAAGAAAGUGAAGCUAGAGAGAAUUAUCAGCAUGAGGGUUUACUCUCCUAGAAUUUAGGGCUGCAGGACCACAUCUAGGCUUAGACAUCACUGUAUCCAGAGCUCUCCUCUUUGUGAGGGGUUGUGGUGGUGGUAUGGAAGCAUCACAUUCUUUUGCAGCAAAGGAGGUACUCAAGAGGGAGGGGGAGCAAAAUGAGUGAGGUAGUGCUCUGCAGUGUAUAAAUACAGGCAAAUCUCCCCCACAGUCUUCUGCGUGUUAGAGAGGUGGAACCAAGGAUUGAGGCAGAUUUUUGUGGGGCAGGAGGUGAACCAGCCUGCCUAAGCUCAAGAGACAGCCAGUUUGACACCGAGGAGCAACCCAGAGCAAUGUCCCUGGCUGGGGUAAGCUGUCUGGUGACAGGAGCAGGAGGAUUUCUUGGCCAGAGGAUUGUCCGCUUGCUUUUGGAAGAAGAGGAGGCUCUGGCUGAGAUCAGACUGCUGGACAAAGCCUUUAGUGAGGAAGCACUCGGCAGAUUUGAAAAGUUCAAGUGUAAGACUGAGGUGAAAAUCCUGGAAGGGGACAUCCGAGAUGUGACAUUCCUGCACCGUGCCUGUCAGGGGGUCUCCCUCGUCAUCCACACGGCUUCCCUCAUUGACACCCUGGGCCUCAUAGAGAAGAAGUUGCUCUGGGAAGUCAAUGUAACAGGUACUCAGCUACUGCUGGAGGCGUGUGUCCGCUGUAACGUCCAGCACUUCAUAUACACCAGUACCAUAGAAGUGACAGGCCCAAACUGCAGAGGUGACCCAAUUUUCAAUGGUGACGAGGAUACAGCUUAUGAGAGCAUAUCGAAAUUUCCUUACGCCCAAAGUAAGAGACUGGCAGAGGAUUCUGUGCUGAAAGCAGAUGGCCAGGUGCUAAAGGAUGGCGGCACACUGAUGACUUGUGCCCUGAGAUCCAUGUACAUUUUUGGAGAAGGAUGUCCGUUUCUUCAAGGUCAUCUGGAUAAGUGCCUGUUGAACCAAAAUGUCUACCUGCGCUUCUCCAGGAAGGAGGCUUUGGUGAACCCUGUGUACGUGGGGAAUAUCGCCUGGGCACACGUGCAGGCGGCCAAAGCCCUGAGAGUCCCGCAGAAAGCCAAGCAUAUCAGGGGGAAGUUCUACUACAUCUCAGAUGACACUCCUCACAUGAGCUACGCAGAUCUAAAUUACGAGCUGACCAAGGACCUGGGGUUUGGAAUCGAGCCCAAGCUCCCCAUGCCUCUGACAAUGUUGUAUUACUUCUCACUGCUGCUGGAGAUCGUGAGCUUCUUGCUCCGGCCCUUUGUCAGAUACAUCCCCUCCACCAACCGUCACCUGGUCACCCUCCUGAAUACUCCAUUCACCUUUUCUUAUAGAAAAGCACAAAAGGAUUUUGGCUAUGUGCCCCGCUACACGUGGGAAGAGGCCAAGCAGUGUACUGGUGAGUGGAUUGCCUCUGUGAUCCCCCAGCGAAGGCUGUACUUGCAAAGCAGUGCUGCCUAAGCCUAAAGAGAAGCUGAAACCCAGCUAAACAAGUAGGGCCUUGAGCUAGAGGAGAGCUGUGGAAGCAGUAGCAGCAGCAGAGGACUACAAAGCAUUUAAAAGAAUACUUUGUGUAACAGCCCACUGCCCCACUCCCACCCCCAACCUCAGAAUAAAUAAAAGUGAAAUGUU